AAAGGCAAUGACGGGACAGGAUGGCACACAAAUCUCAAAGUGAAAAUUGAAAAGAAAAAAGGAAGAAAAGGAGGGCUCCGUCAAAUCGGAUGUUUGCAAGACUUAACACAGACUAGGAUAUAAUUGGCAGUGGCAGAGAGCUUGUGUAGAGCAUUCUGAAGGCAUGACUUAUACGUGGGGCGCUAGCUGUGAAACCUAUUUAAGACUGAGCAGAACAUCCACCACCACCCCUCCUCACUGCCUCUGUCCUGUACCUGAAAAGUUUUCAGCUCUCUGCAGGGCUUCUUGGAGGUUCACGUUCUGUUGCAGAAGUUCUUCCUGCUCUUUGGAUUUCUCCUUCAGCUGCCAGGAACUCAGCUCAGUUCUAGUGCAACUGGCUGCUGAUCCUCUGCUUCAAGGCCUGAUCUGAGUCUGCUGGAUAGGGAUGGACACCUCACUUCAGACUGCUGCCAUCAAGUGGGAUCCCCUGCACCUCAUUAGUGCCCUUGGAAGAACUCUCAGUGUAGCCUAACUCCAUCUACGGUGCAGAAAGACUGACCUUUGCAUACACGUGGACACAGGCAUUCUGGACCACAAAGAUCCACAUGGCACUGAGCAUGGAUAGGAUACAGCAGAUGCACCCAGCAUGACACUUCUGGACCAGGUGUUCAACCUAAUGGCAGUCCGCGCCCGAGUGGUGAUGACCUCUGUCCUGGUUUACUUCAUCCAGGUCUGAGAGAGCACAGCCCUAAGAGAUGAUUGUCAGGCUGCUGAAGGCUGCAGAUGUGACCAUUUUCCUGUCUGUGAUUAUUUCCUUCCCACAGCUUUCUGGAGCCAGAUGUGAGGAGAAUUGUGUCAACGCUGAACAUUGCUUGUCCACUGACUGGGUGCAUCUCUGGUAUAUAUGGUUGCUGGUGGUAGUUGGUGCGUUGCUUCUCCUGUGCGGCCUGACUUCAGUAUGCUUCCGCUGCUGUCUAAGCCGUCCAGAAAAUGGGGAAGAUGGGGCCCCACCACCCUAUGAAGUGACCGUCAUUGCUUUUGACCAUGACAGCACUCUCCAGAGUACCAUCACAUCACUUCAGUCUGUGUUUGGCCCUGCAGCUCGGAGAAUACUGGCGGUGACUCAUGCACACAGCUCCCUGGGCCAGCUGCCGUCCUCCCUUGACACACUCCCAGGCUAUGAGGAAGCUCUUGGCAUGAGCCGCUUCACAGUGGCAAGGUGCGGGCCGAAAGCUCCUGACUUACCCUCAGUGCCAGAGGAAAAGCAGCUGCCUCCCCCAGGGAAGGACCCUCCUCAGCUGGAACUCCCGUCACACUGAUGGGCAUGUUGAUGGUAUUCCUAAUAUCUAAGACAUCCUGGAGUUGAGAACGAUCCCCAGAUAAAUAGAAUGCCUUCUUUUGUACCACCCAGAAAGGUUCAAGAUACCAUCUAGACAUUGUUCUGUCCACAAAUAGGACAUUGUUUAUUUCAACAAUGUGCUUUUUUGAGACACAAUUUUCUAAUUGGAAUUCUAACUCCUUAUCCAAUGGUCAAAGUUUGCAACUCACCUCUAGCUAUGUAGAUUACUACCAAAGCAGGGGAAUAUUAAGGUGUCUUGAAAUCCUUCAACUAUGGCAUUCAUGUACAGUUCCUUUAACCAAAUGAUACUGUAAAUUGCUCUUCUCUCUGCUUGACUGCAGUAACGUUGAAGGGAAACACAGUGCAGGCACAGUCAUUGAUAUCAGUACACCAAACACAUGCAUCUUUCCUUCUAGGAAAUGACCACCAAUAUACUGAACAACAAUGGCCACCUGGACAUUGUAGAUUGCAGGGCUGGGGGUGCUAAUAAGAGGAGAGACUAUAGAAUAGCCUGUGCCACAUGUCAAAACCUUUCUAUCACUUUGGUCCUACACACAAAUGUGACACAUGGUAUAGAGAACAGAAAUGGUCCUAGAAACUCUUCAGAGCCUUGUCCUGCAAACGUAUACACACAUACACACAUACAAACACACACACACACACACACA